AUGUCGAGUGACACCAUCAUGAGCAUGGCAACCUCCUCCUAUUCCUCCUCCCCCUCCUCCCCCUCCUCCUCCUCCGAUAUCGAGAACAUCAUCAUCCAAUGGACCGCUCUCAAAUCUCGCAUUAGUCACUACACCACGGCGUACUUCGACGACAUCAAGCUCGAUCCCGAGAGCCUUCCUCAGCGCCUGCAUAAUUAUGUGGGCUACUACGGCCACAUAUGGUUGGAUCAACAGCAGCCAGCCGCGUGGGUGAUCGAAAAGCUCAUCUUCACCUGGCUGAACCACCACAUCUUUGGCAAGUACUGCUUCGGGCUGGAGGAGGCGGAGGACGAGGAGCUGCAGAAGUGGGAGGUGAAGUUGGCGACGCAGGAGUCCGAAGCCUUUGCCAACCUCUGGCGCAAAGACGUUAUCUCUCGCCUCGUCAACCACCAAGAUCACGUCACCGCUCGCAGCGAGCGGAUCCGGUCCCUCGCUGUCGAAUUCGAGACCGAGAUGCUCCCACACCUCCUCGAGGCACCAUCAUCCGCCGACCGCGCUGCCGAGCUCCACCAAAUCGUGGACAUAGCGGUCAAAGUCCAUCUCUCGAUGCGCGGCGCUCUGUCCCGCUUCGACGUGGUGUUCAUGGAGAAGUUCUGGUGCCCGGGGAGUGACCGCUUCCAUCUGUGGGCGAUGGAGACGCUGGGGACGAUGGAUAUCCUGGACGCGGGGGAGGGUGCAUCGGAGGCGAUUGAGAUGCAGCGCGCUGUUAGAGAGCAGGUGGCCAUCCGGGAUCGCCGUUCGAUGGAGGAGGAGACGAGGAGGAGGAGCGCGGAGAAGGAGGAGGAGACUUUCUGGUGUGCGUUGGGGAGGGAGGCGGAAGGCACGGUAGAGGCGGAUGAGGCGGAUGAGACCCCCUCGUGGAUCCGUGAGAUGGAUGCAGCGAGGAGAGACCAGUAUAUGCGCGAGCUCUCGGGGGAGCCGAGGGGUGAGAGAGUGGCGUUGUUUGUGUCGCCAGCCAUCGUGGAGCUGAAAGAGGGCGGGAGGGCAGCUUUCCUCGUUAAGGCCAGUGUGUGCACGGCAAAUUUCUAG